UUUGUCUCGCUGUCAGGACGAUGGUGAACGCAGCCUUCACAGAGAUCCGAGAGGCCGCCUUCGCCCACAUCCCCUCGCUGCAGUUCCUCCUGCUCAACUCCAACAAGUUCACGUUGAUCGGGGACAACGCCUUCGCCGGCCUCUCGCAUCUCCAGUACCUGUUCAUCGAGAACAACGACAUCCAGGCACUCUCAAAGGCCACUUUCCGUGGGCUCAAGUCCCUGACUCACCUGUCCCUGGCCAACAACAACCUCCAGACGCUGCCCCGGGACCUCUUCAAGCCGCUGGACAUCCUGAGUGACCUGGACCUCCGGGGCAACACGUUGACCUGCGACUGCAAGAUCAAGUGGCUGGUGGAGUGGUUGGAAAGCACCAACACCACGGUCCCCGCCAUCUUCUGCAGCAGCCCCGGGCAGUUCGAGGGGCAGCGGAUCCGGGACCUGGCGCUGGGUGACUUCCAGUGCAUCACCACGGAUUUCGUGGUGCACCAGGUCCUGCCCUUCCAGUCGGUGUCGGCUGAGCCCUUCACCUACGCCAGUGACCUGUACGUGGCCCUGGCACAGCCCGGUGCCAGCAGUUGCGCCGUCCUCAAGUGGGACUACGUGGAGCGCAAACUGCGCGACUUCGACCGCAUCCCCGCUCACUCGGCAGUGCACUGCAAGCCCAUCGUGGCGCAGAACCAGUUGUACGUGGUGGUGGCCCAGCUCUUCGGUGGCUCCUACAUCUACCGCUGGGACACGGCCGUGGACAAGUUCAUCAAGAUCCAAGACAUCGACAGCCAGAAGACCCGCAAGCCCAACGACAUCGAGGCCUUCCAGAUCGAAGGCGACUGGUACUUCGUCAUCGCCGACAGCUCCAAGGCGGGUUCCACCAGCCUCUACCGCCUCAACCAGAAUGGCUUCUACUCCCACCAAGCCCUCCACGCCUGGCACCGUGACACCGACGUGGAAUACGUGGAGAACGAUGGCAAACCCCGGCUGAUCAUCUCCAGCAGCUCCCAAGCUCCCGUCAUCUAUCAGUGGAACCGGGCGCAGAAACAAUUCACGGCCCAGGGGGAGGUGGGGGAGAUGCUGGACGUGCAGAUGGUGAAGCACUUCAAGGUGAAGCGGGACCAGUUCCUCUGCCUCAGCCGCUACAUCGGCGACUCCAAGGUGGUGCGAUGGGAGGGGCAGCGCUUCGUCGAGCUGCAGACGUUGCCGUCCCGCGGCUCCAUGGUGAUGCAGCCCUUCUCGGUGGAGCAACGGCAGUACCUGGCCCUGGGCAGUGACUUCUCCUUCACCCACGUCUACCUGUGGGAAGAGGAGAAGCAGAAAUUCGUCAAGUUUCAGGAGCUGUCGGUGCAGGCGCCGCGGGCUUUCCGUUAUGUGCCAGCUGCCGACGUGCAGCUCCUCCUGGCUCCCAGUUUCAAGGCCAACACGCUGGUCUACCGGCACGUGGUGGUGGACCUCAGCCUCUAGCAGGGAGGCAGAGCCCGGGCUGCCCUGACACGGCUCUCGCCUGCCCCGAGAGCUGCCUGCUCCUGCCCAAGGACACGCAUGCGCCCCGCCACCCCCUUCCUCCUGCCUGCAGCCGGCUCUGCCCCGUGGUCACAAUCCCACACUCCCAGCCCCACACUUUCAUCCACCCCUCGAAGCGCAGGGCAGCACCCAGCCCCACGGCCCCGCUGCCAGGGCCAAGCCAUGGGACUCAGUUUCCCCCCUGGUAUCCCCAUGUGCAGCACCCACGGUCACCCUGUCCAGCAGCCCAGGGAGGGGAAAACAGGCCCGGAGGCUCAUGGCAGGGAGGUCUGGAUGGGGGGGACACGGGAGUGGGGUGGCAGGCAGGGAGGUGCACAGGCAGGGCCAGGCUGCCGGGGCUGGAUGGGAUGCUCCUGGGACACUGCGGAGCUCGCAGGCUGAUGGGAUCCUCUGAAGUGGGUGGGAUGCUCCAGGCAGGUGGGAAUGCCCUGAGGUGGAUGGGAUGCUCGAAGGGGAUGUGGAUGGGAUGCCCUGAGGAGGGUGGGAUGUUCGAGACCAGCAGGGUGCUCCAAGGUGGAUUCAGACAUGAUGUACAUGAUGUGGAUGGGACGCUCAAGGCCAGCGGGAUGCUCCAAGGUGGAUGUGGAUGGGAUACCCUGAGGCAGAUGGGAUGCUCGAGGUCAGCAGGAUACUCUGAGGCAGAAGAGAUGCUCGAGACCAGUGAGAUGCUCCAAGAUGGAUGCAGGUGUGAUGCACCGAGGUGGAUGGGAUGCUCAAGGCCAGCAGGAUGCUCCAAGGAGGAUGCAGACAGGAUGCCCUGAGGCAGAUGGGAUGGCCGAGGCCAGCAGGAUCUCCCAGGCUGAUGCAGAUGAGAUGCCCGAGGCCAUCGGGAUGCUCCAGGAUGUCAGGCCGCUGCCGAGGCGGUGCCACCAGCCGCAGAAGCGGGGUUGGCCCACUCCCGUCCCCCUCCAUGCACAUCCAGCAGCUCCCUGUGCCCGCAGCCCCCUGCGGCCCCGCUGCCGGGCAGGACCCAGCGUGCCAGCCGAGGUGCACGCGCCCACCCCAGCGCUCCCCACAAUAAACACACUGUGACUCCCG